UUGCCAACCGCUAGCCUUUCUGGAUUACACAUCCUAGCUUUAAGACCAUGAAGUACAGGAGAGCAGGUUUCCUUUAAAAACGAUCAUGAAAGCAGUUGUCUUGGCAGACUGCUGUAGGCAUACAGACUGUUGAUGUGUGGGAGGGAGGAUGACAGCGGCUCGCUGUGGCAGUUCACCGCAGUGGAGAGGGAUAUUUCCACCGGAGAAUCUAAACAAAACACUUGUGAUGAAAAUUAUUUACCUGUAAAAUAUGGCUGUCGUUCAAAGGAGUAACAUGCGAGCAAGGGAGGACAGAGAGAUCUAAUUAUUUUAAAGCGAGAUCCUCCAAGUCAUCAAGAACUUUCGUCAUCAUCACCAACAUGUUGGACAACUGAUGCUGGAUCUCCUCUCCCGCCGCGCCAUCCAAAUCGAGUCCCCGGUCUGUAGGCCUGUCUUUCAUCCUGAACACAGUACAUCAUAUUAUAGAGCACACUGACUCUGUUAAAGGAGGCCUAAUUGUAAGAGUUCCCAGUCCAAGAGAGGGACUAUGGGUUCAAAAGGAGCAGAGAGGCGUAAACAGACCACCCCUGGUCAGACCCCAGAGGGCAAUGUGGUGAUGAGCUUCAGUUUUGAGAGCUACCAGCUGGAGGAAGAGGACUGUCAUGUUAAAGAUAUCUCAGACAAAGGGGUGCUGGCCCUUUCAGAACCUGCCUUUGAAGAAACCAUCCCAGAUGAUCGCUACCACGGGAUCUAUUUUGCCAUGCUCCUGGCUGGAGUGGGCUUCCUGCUGCCUUACAAUAGCUUCAUUACAGAUGUGGACUACCUGCAUCAUAAGUUUGAGGGAACAUCUAUCGUGUUUGACAUGGGUUUAACCUACAUUCUUGUGGCCCUUGUGGCCGUGAUCUUGAACAAUGUCCUGGUGGAGAUGCUGAGCCUGCAUACCAGGAUCACUGUGGGUUACUUUUUUGCACUUGGACCUCUGCUUUUUGUCACCAUCUUUGAUGUGUGGCUGGAGAAGUUCACCACAAAACAGGCAUAUGUCAUCAAUCUGAUUUCAGUGGGUAUUGUGGCAUUUGGAUGCACAGUGCAGCAGUCUAGUUUCUAUGGAUACAUGGGGAUGCUUCCCAAACACUACACACAGGGAGUGAUGACUGGAGAGAGCACGGCAGGAGUAAUUAUUUCACUUAGUCGAAUCUUCACCAAACUAAUGAUCAAAAACGAGAGAAAAAACACCAUCAUCUUCUUCCUCAUUUCCAUCUGUAUGGUGUUGAAGUGCUUCAUCCUGCACAUGCUGGUGCAAAGGACACGUUUUGUCCAGUAUUACACUAGUCUGACACGCCAGGGCCUCUCUCAUUCCAAAGACCAUGGAACCCAGUACCUGGUGCACCAUGAUGUCAUCACAGAAGAAGUAAGAUUUGGCAAUGGUGCAGUGGGCGCUUCUCCAGCUGAAGAUGGCUGCACAGAGUUUGCUGGUGGUAACACUUACGUGAGGUUUGACGUGCCCAAACUAAAGAUUGACAGGAGCUGGCCAGGCAUAAAAAAUAUGAUCCUGCAUCGUUAUGUGGUUGCAAGGGUAAUCUGGACCUACAUGUUGUCCAUUGCCGUCACUUAUUUCAUCACCCUGUGUCUUUUUCCUGGACUGGAGUCUGAGAUCAGGAAUGUCACGCUGGGGGAAUGGCUGCCCAUCCUUAUCAUGGCCAUCUUCAACAUAUCUGACUUUGUAGGCAAAAUCUUGGCAGCUGUGCCGUAUGAUUGGGAUGGAACUCGUCUUCUCUUCUGCUCUUGUGUGCGUGUAGUCUUCAUCCCUCUCUUCAUCAUGUGUGUUUACCCCACUCAGAAACCCACAUUUAGCCACCCAGCAUGGCCUUGCAUCUUCUCCCUCCUCAUGGGCAUCACUAAUGGCUACUUUGGCAGUGUUCCCAUGAUUCAUGCUGCAGGCAAGGUGGCACCUGAGCAGCGGGAACUAGCAGGGAACAUAAUGACUGUGUCCUACAUGUCUGGACUGAUGUUGGGCUCUGUGGUUGCUUAUGCUGCCUACAGUUUCACUGCUCCAGGCUCCAGCCUCCAUUCAGAGACUGGCUACAAUUUCACCCAGGGGUACUAGUGCCCUAUUCCAAACCAAAAAAAAAAAGAAAAAGAGGGAGAAAAACCGCUCAGUUCCUAUCAUCAAUCUCAUCAGAUGGCAUUACUUGCCACUGUGUAAUCAUUCUGCAGUCCCCACAAAUCAGACCUCUGCUGCAGGCUUUCUUUGGCCUGCCUGCAAUGCUGUGUGCCUCUGAAUGUAGUCAAAUGGAUGAAGAAACAAGCUCCGACACUAUAAUGACAUACAUGUGUGCUUAGUUGUGUUGCCUUUUCUUGUUCUCUGAGAGUUUUCUUCAAGCUGCAAAAUGUUAUUUGAUUGUGUUUUCUGUAAGAGGCCAAAUGUAAACUGUGUGGUAAUAAAGCUAGUAGCACUGUGAAUAA